CGCUGGGAACCAGACACACACGCCAGAGCUCUCGAACACACUGCGAUCUGAGCGCUCGCGCAGCCGGAUCAUUUUCAAAAUUCGAAUGUAACAGCAGCGGCGGGAUGCGACAUUAUCUCCGUCUGUCGGCGCUUUGAGCAACGCGCAUCACGCAGGAUGGAGAGGAAACUUUGCUGAACUUAAAGCCGUUUUUUUUAUUUGCUUUGCUUCAGAUAUGGAGAGCUGACAGCUGAACGCGUGCAAGCGGAAGUACGACGACAGACAGCCACAGUAGCCACACAUUGGGCGACGAUUUUAGGCCAUACCCGCUGUCCUCAGCCAUGGCUGCUUACGGACAGACACAGUACAGCCCUGCGUUACAGCCGGCCGGUCCGUACACACCGUACACACAGGGCUACAGCAUGACGUCCUACAAUAUUAAAACAGAAGAUGGUUUGAGUCAUUCACCAGGACAGAGCAGUCUGCUGGGAUACACGUCCAACUUCAGCGGCACUCCACCUGCUCAGACGCUCUACAGUUACUCCACACACGGCGGCAACAUUUCUUCUGGAAUUUUCCAGGGUGCAAACAGCAUCACAGGCUCAACGCCAUUCAGUCCUACACAGCAGGACUUCUCAACGUAUUCUAGCUACAGCCAAAGUCAAUAUUCGCCAUACUACAACACACACUACAACAGCCCCUACAUCACAACCAGCAAUAUCGCACCCUCAGCCAUCACCACGGCGAUACCCUAUCAGCACACAGAUCAUCCCGCUGUAUCGACCAAUCACAGCCCAGAAUUACACACAGCAGAGUACCACACUCCCACGAGUCCUCUGACUCCAGGAAAGGAGCAGGAAGGCGCUCCAGCGAGACGCAGCUCAGAUGGGAAGCUGAGAGGCAGGAAGAGGGCCAAUGACCCCGUCCCCCCUCUGGACUCUGAGAUUGAGAGAGUGUUUAUUUGGGACCUGGAUGAGACCAUCAUCAUUUUCCACUCGCUCCUGACGGGGACAUUUUCCACACGCUUCGGCAAGGACUCUGGCAAGGCUGUGUCUCUGGGCUUGUGGAUGGAGGAGAUGAUCUUCAACUUGGCUGAUUCACGUCUGUUUUUCAAUGACCUGGAGGAAUGUGACCAAGUUCAUAUCGAUGAUGUGGCCUCGGAUGACAAUGGACAGGACUUGAGUUCUUUGAAAUUAAGUUUGCUGGGCAGUCCGAAGCGGGAAGAGUGGCUUCAGCUGAGGCGGGAGAUGGAGGUUUUGACGGAUCUGUGGCUGACGCAGGCACUCAAAGCUCUCGCUCUCAUCAACUCCAGAGCGAACUGUGUGAACGUGAUGGUCACCACCACGCAGCUGAUUCCAGCGCUCUCUAAAGUGCUUCUCUACGGUCUUGGAGGAGCUUUUCCCAUCGAGAACAUCUACAGCGCCACCAAAACAGGUAAAGAAAGCUGCUUUGAGCGCGUGACUCAGAGGUUCGGCCGGAGGGCCGUGUAUGUGGUCGUAGGGGAUGCGCUCUCUAAAGUGCUUCUCUACGGUCUUGGAGGAGCUUUUCCCAUCGAGAACAUCUACAGCGCCACCAAAACAGGUAAAGAAAGCUGCUUUGAGCGCGUGACUCAGAGGUUCGGCCGGAGAGCCGUGUAUGUGGUCGUAGGGGAUGGUGUGGAGGAGGAGACGGUCGCCAAGAAGAAGAACAUGCCGUUCUGGAGAGUGACGAGCAGGCCGGAUCUGGAGGCGUUGAGUCAUGCACUUGAGCUGGAUUACCUCUAGAGGGCAGCAUCUGCUCGUCUGCCAAGAACUGCAGGACCAAUCAGCAGGGAGCAGCAAUCUUACUGGGAAAGUUUGCUUUAAAUCAGUCCAAGAAAAACACUUUUUUUUUUCUCUUUCUCGCUCUCCACCUGAGAGGCUCGGCUCUUUCAUCCACUCGCUUUUCUUUACAACAGCACUGCACUGAAAACAAAGACCCAUCAGCGACUGAUUCAGAAAGCCUGUGUCCGGAUAACAUCCUAUCAUACUUCUCAUACUAUUUCUGCAGUACGCAGCAUAUAUACUGUGCACAGUAUGUGUAUUUUAUGUUUGUGCAGAAACCCGGAUGACAAUGGAGCACAAUGCAUGCAUAUCCCGGAAUGCAAUGCACUUGACUUGAGUUUUUACAUCUCAUCUCUUUGGACUGCCAAAAAAUGAAAACAGUUCCCACAAAAACUGGAUUAAAAAUGCAAAAUAACUAUUUUUAUUUCCGAGAUGAUUAUUAGAGGUCAUGUGACAUCAAUGCAGCAAACUACUGUUUGAAAUGUUUAUCAUAAUGCAUAAUGUGUACUAUUUUUAUAUUAAGCAGUAUGCGGUGUAAACUGUGCUGUAAUGUUUUGUUAGUAUUGCUUUCUGAACAUAGCCGUUCUGAAACAACCCAUUUUACAGAUAAAAGGGGUGUCAAAAUAGAAGAUUUUAGCAUAAAAAAAAAAUAAGAUUUACAUUUCGUAAAGCAUGAAAUCAUAUGCAUUUCCAUGAAAAAAAGACCAAAUUCAUAAGCGAAGAAAAAAAAAAACGA